AGCCAUUUUUUCAGAGCAUCUCCAGGUUCUUCUCCCUCUUCCAUUGUCUUCCUUUCUCCAGAUGGUCUUAGGCAAUCCUUGUGAAAGGGUCAUUUGACCACCCCCAAAGGGGUCUUGGCCCACAGGUUGAAAAUGGCCGCUCUAGCCUAAGGAGAAGACAUACAGGACUUGAAAGCAGACAUUUGCCAAGUGACUAUUAUGUACUGACCUGCUAAGCAGGACAACAGAUUCUCCUCUCCAUCUCCAAUUCUGUGAGUGUUCUGGGUAGUGGAAGAUUUGCUGAACAAGACAAAUUCAAAUAAUCUUCAAAUCAUUUCUGUGGAAUCCUGCUCAACUUCACAUUUUAAAAAAUCGAGACCAUAUGAAAGACCUCCGCAGGUACCUGACAUUCAAAUACAUCCAGUAUCUAGUCCUACCUUCUCCAAACAUCAUCAUCACUCUGCUGGGAUCUCUUGCCAGUCUCUAUGUCAUGCUGAUAUUGACAUUUCCUUCGGUUUCCAGAAAAUCCACUGCAGUGUUUAUUGGUAGCAUAGCUCAGGCAGACAUCUUAGUUGGCUGCAGCAUGUUUUCUGCCAUCUCAGCAUGCGUGAUAAGGAGUGAGACAUCAGCUUAUUUUCAAUCAGCCUUGAGGCAGAACUUCCAAAUUGCAAAUAUACAUGCCAGUUCCCUUUUACUCAGUUGUGUUACCCUUGAGGCCUUUCUGAUUACUUUUCUUCCAGUAGAGACACGCCACAUAAGGAAUGUUAGAUGUGCCAGAGUCGCUUCUAAAAUCAUCUGGGCUGUUGUAAUUACUGAGUGUUUCCUUUAUCAGCUCCAGUGUGUCAAAGGCCUUAACAUCUCCUAUCUUGGCAUUGAUAGGCAAAUUCAGCUAUUGAUGAAUUUCUUUUAUGAGGCCACAGUACUGCUGAAAUUACUUAUUUACCCUAUUGGAGUUCUUCUAAGAAUCUUUAAUGUUUAUCUUUUUUAUAAAAUGUAUUUCCGAGACCAUUAUAAUUAGGUUUUUCAGUACUGUGAGAUGUGGCCCAGUUGUUUUGUCAAACAGUCAUAUUUAUGAUGCUAUGAAGGCAUUUUAUAGCUGUUAUUAACCUUUAGUUUGUUAAUAUUAAGAAAAAAAUAUUAACAUCAGUAGUGUAGAUUGAUCUCCUCUAAACAGUUAAAGGCCUUGAGAACAAACAAGCAGACUUUCUAGUGAAAGGAAUGUUGUCUGAAGACUGCUCACUUGAGUCUCCAAGCUGUUGUUUACACUGCGCAUUUCAGCCUCAAGACUACAGCACUUGUCUUCCUGAUGUUCCAGCCUGGUGGCCUACCCCACAGCGUUUGAACUCUAUAGCUCUGAACAAACAAUCAUGUGAGACAGUUAAAAGAAAGAGCAAAUACAACCUGCUCAGUCUAUAUAAUGUUAUUUGUAUGUAUAUAUGUUUUCAGGGCUGACCACUUGCUAUUAGAUAACCAAUUGGUGAGCUCCUCCCUGGGGAAGACUAUUUCUCCUGCUCUCAGCAUUCCUUAGUUGCCUGUAGCUCUUUGUUUGGGGUUGGGGUCCCAUGAGAUUCCCUUCACCCCUGUUAGCAUGUUGUUUAUGGCCAUCUUUGUUCAGGUCAUGUUUAGAUUGGUGAGGCUUUAUGGAUGAAGUUUCUGACAUUACCAAAAGUCGCAAUAUUACAGCAAACUUUCUUAGCUCCUAGCUCUUAGAAUCUUUCUAUUUUCUCUUCUUCAAUGACAAUUAAUGAAAAAAGGGAUGUAUGGGAGAGACUGGAGAAAGAGAAAGAGGAAGUACUGUAAUCAUAUUAUAAUUCCUAAAAUAAAGGAUGCCAUACCCUA